AUGCCUCUAAGGCAUUUGUCCCAGCUAUGCUGCUUCCCAUCAAACUCGAGCUUAGCGCUCCGUCUGCACUCGAGCACAGCUGUCGGCCAUCAGCUCGCUCGAGCAAACACCCUGGCCGUCCGCGCACGAUCUCCUCCCAGCCUUCUGGCAUGUUAUUUUUUGCAUGCAAGGCUAAGCUAUCUCCACCGGCUCCUUUUUCUGUUCGAGCUCCUCCCUACCCUGGCAAAUCCAAAUGCUACCAUCUCCUUUCCUUGGCAUGCUAAAACUUAUGUCAGUUCAUUGUCAUGGAUAGAUUAG